GCGCUGGCACCAGGACGUUCUUUCCGUUGGUUGUGUUCCCGAAAUCAUUCACAGUGGCGAUGCUUGUGGAAGGCCCCGUUGACCCCAAUAAGCUCGAGGCGGACGACGCAGACCUCCAGGAGGAACACCGGAAGGACUCUGCCCAGGAGAAGAAAUCCAAAGGAUCCCGGAUGGGAGGAGCCGCGUCGCCCUUCGCCAUGGACAACCGUGACCCCAACAACCUCAACCCGCACAUCCAGGUGCUGUGGGACGACAUAGUGGGUGAGCCCGAGGGCCUGCGGACGCCGGACGGCUGCUGGAACUGUUCCAUCAAGUGUUACGACGGAACAAGGCGCUGUUGUUACGUGCUGCUGGUGGUCCUCUUCGCCCCCUUCAUCGCCUGCUGCAACGGCUGCCAGUUCGCCUGCCUGGCCUUCAACCAAGUGUGGUGCGUGGGCCCCUGCCUGAGGCUGUGGAAGAUCAACAUGGCCACCGUGAAGAGGUUCUGGGAGACCUGGCUCUUGGCUGUCUGCAGCCCGAUCUGCGACGUGUGCGGCAUCUGCUUCUCCAAGGCCAAGGUCCGCUACCAGAAGCUGCCGGACUCGAACGACCAAGAGCCCAUCGACUACUUCACCGUCUGAGGAAGCCAACCGCCGCCCAGACUGACCAGCAGACCAAAGACUUUCCUUCGAACAAGACCUUCUACUGUAAUUGUUAUGAUUUUGUAUAUUUACAUUUUUAAUUCUCUUCACGAUUUAUCUGACCUCAAAAAUGUCUUAAUCAGUGAAAUCCAGACACAAAUUGCGUUUAAUACUUUAAGGAUAAACAACGAAAUAAUUUUCUUGAGCAUUUAAUUUUUGUCCAUCUUUACUUUGCUUUUCAAGGGUCUCUUUUUCUGUCCUUCGAAGGUAAUUCUUUUCAUAUCAAAGGUAGAAAGGAUACCUCUAUUUUUAUGAAGAAUAUAUAGUCUUAAAACUUAGUAAGGAUAGACUAGUUUUGAUAAGCUAAGCGUGAGUGCACGUACACGGUUAUUAAGUACAGAUCCAUCUCCUUUUCUUACAUCUGGAGUGGAAACUUGUUUGCAGCAGAGGGUGUUUCCAGUGGCGUAAAUUGCAUGUUCUAAUUUUCCAAUCCGGUUUGACAAGCACCAAAUAUCAAGCCUUGCUAAUUUCAACCAAAUAUAUCUUUGAUGUUACAGAAUCAUGUUUGAGUUAAUUCUAGAUAACGGUCUUCGUGUUACAUCCUAGCUCUGUAACAUGAUUGGUGUUUCUCAGCGAGUUUCACAUGUAAAUUGUCUCACACCUGGUGUGCUGCUGGUAUCGGUUGUCACAUUUUAGUUGUAAUGACAACAAGAGGGCAAGAUAUUACUUUAAGGAAAACUAUCUUUGGGGCAAAAAGAAACAGCAAGGAGGACCAAAUGCAUUUGCAAUAUGUAGCAACACAAAAGUCCUAAACAAAGACCAGUAAUCAGUACAUGAAGGGUGACCCAAUUAUGAUUUAUUUUUUAAAGCCCAAAACGUUAAAAUGAAAGCUGCAAACGUUUCGUUAUGCAGUGUCCAAGUAGUUCCUGCAAUCGUGAGCUUACAAGAUGUGACCCAGGAAGCUGAGAGGCUUCGGCUUCCUUCGCCUGCCUUCGAUUUGUGUGACUUUCCCCUUUGCUGUGAUAAAGUAGCGCGCGAACGCCGGGGCCACCGGGUGCUGAGAGGCGCACGGAGUGGUCGAAUAUCCUGCAUUAGAUUUAUGUAUGUGGAAGUUAACAGCAAGGAAAAUGUUAAGCAAGCAUGUUCGCCUGAAGCGGUUUAUGACAUGCCAUGAACCUUUAAGUCUGAGUGUUUUGUUCUGGUGUGCGUGCUCCCUCUACAAUCGAGACAUCGGCCAGAGACAACAGAACAAACCCAGUCCUUUAUAUAUGUACAAACCGCACUUUCUCCUUCUGGCCAACAGUGGAGUGUAGUGUGAUUUUAGGAAACAUAACUAAAAACGAUCAGUCCGUUGCAAUGGGAUCCCAGUGUAUGCACUGAAUUUCAAAUAUUCACGCUGGGAAGAUGGUCGCGUAGCUAGGGAGAGACGGCUGCUGAAGUGCCCUGGUGUCAAGUCAAGAUCGCCACCUUUGUGGUUAGAAAAUUGUCAUUCACCAUGUAUUCAUUUCCCCGAUAUAAUCUAUCAAGCAAAGAUGUCUUUUCGAGAACUUGCCUGACCAUGUCUCCAGGCAUUAACGUCCAGGACUUUCACAGAAUUAAUUGGCCUUCGCGCCGUCUGUCCCAGAUACGCCUCUGCCUACGAGGCAUGAGUUCAUAUUCCCAUGUCCUUUGUAUGUAUCUAUAUGUAUCUCAUUUUCUCUGCUGUUUUGGCCAUUUCUUCUAAAUUCCAAGGAUUCAUUAUGACCAAUUACAGAUAAAUUUGCAUGUACAGAUAUAACUCAGUAAGCACUGGAAUAGAACGAGAAUGUUAUCGUAAACAUAUACUGUAUUAUCAGUAUAUGAAAUGAACAAAUUUCGUGUUUUCAAGUCUAUGAAUGGUGCAUGGUGUGGGUAACAAUCAGCUUUUAUGCUGCAUUGGUAUUGUAUUUUUUAAACUACAUUUUCCUUUAAAUUUUAACAAUGCAUUUACAAUAGCCAAAUACAUAAAUAUUUACAUAAAAAGGAAAUAUUUUUGGUACAAAAUGCCAUUCUGGCGUUGUCUCUGGACUUUGUGUUGGCUGCUAGGGAUCCGUGUUUCACAGUGUUUGCAUUUUGAACACAUUUGCAUAAUAAACUGUAAACCUUGUGAAA